CUGUGGUACUGGAGGCCGAGCAAGGAGUUUGUUUACUGUUACAGCUUAGUGGUUGACGGUGCUGCUGUUGCUGUUGCUGUGAUUGUCAAGAUUUUAAGGAACAGCGCAAGAAAAUACCUCGUACAGUUUUAUAAAUGACUCCUUUGCAGUCGUGCCAUCCGUUCAAGUGGUAAGGAUUACAUGCAUAUCAUAACUUCCAGAGCUCCUAGACAACUCCUCUAUGAAAUUAAGAAUUCUUGCCGGAACUUAUCUUCUGCUCAAGUGACAACAGCAUUGCGGCCAUUCUACUUCCUCGUCCACCCAGAUCUCUUUGGUCAACACCCAAGAGCUCAACAUGUUAACGAUGCUUCCCUUAAGUUGCUUAACAGUCACCUUGAUUCUCUCAUCAAUCAUGAGAAACCAAGGCCUGUCAGUCUACAGUUCUAUAUCAAAAAUAAGAAAAUGCAAGGUAGCCUGAACACAGUAGCAUUGAACUUGAAUAAACCUUCAGCUCGAGACAUCGUGCACCGUAUUCUCAAUGAAUUUGACCUUCCCACCAAAUAUGUGGACAACCUUCCAGAGUCACUGCACGAACCAGACAGGAAGAUAAAGUGGCAUCAACCAUUUCAUGGUGGCUCAAGCACCUUUAACCCUGAGGAUGAGCUGUAUUCAGCCAGACUGAGGGAAAAUCUGUAUUCAUGGCUGAUCAAGAACAUGGGGGAGGCCGAGAGAAGAUUAGCCGUCAGUGAGCCUAUUCGCCAAGAUAUCGUGAGACUCCGCCACAGUUUGAUAGAGGAACUGAAUCUGAGUCAGCUCUCCUGGCAACGAGGUCUUGGCACGACACACUUGCGAGGCUGCCUUCAGGGUCUCAAGGCACUCACCAUGCACCAUCAGGAGAUUAAGGAAAUUUUGCAAGGUCGGGCUGUCCACUUUGGGAAUGAGACGGGUGUGAGUUUGGAAGGACAUGUCGUUCUUAGUACUUCAGAAGUCCGUAACCAGUGGCUGAAGGUUAUAUGCAAACUACCUGAGGAGGAUUCUAUGAUACAGCGCAUACCUGACAUGCAGAGAGCAGUUUCAAAUGCUUUAAGAGAAAUUCAAGUCACUCAUCGAAAGUAUCAACCAUUUGUGUUAGUGGAACAUUACAUUCAGCAUCUGAGACGUCUAGUCACAUCACUUGGAGAUUAUCGAGGCCGUGAAGGUUUUCCAAAGUCUUGGCCGGAAAAACUGUCUUCUUUACAACUUGUGGUUGAGUCGGCUGCUGGUCCACUCAUGUUGUCUCCAACUGGCCAGAUAUUAGCACCAUCUUCCUGCCCUCCAUGGCUGCUAGUCAACUUUAUUACAGAAAAUAUGGAUCAGGCAGAGAAGAUGAUUGCUGAGUAUGAAAGUAUUCGUGACCAAGAAAAGGAUUUAUAUGAAAAGUGCAAAGAAGAUCUUGGACUAGAAUUCUUGGAGAAAGAUGACUCAGUUAUGCCAAACAUGAUGAUAGAGUGCCUGGAGCGUCUACUGGACUCUGGCUACCGUCUGUCUCCGCUCUUGUCAGGUGCACGUAUCUGGAUCACACAUUACUACGCUGUUAUGGUGGACGGUGAAGUGUGUAUCCCCUGGAACUGGGACCAGGAAAAAUUUUGAAUUUCUUCUGCUCAGGUUUAUCAUAAGUACAGUAUUAAUGGUAACAUUAACUUAUUUUUUCCAAUGAUGUUGCUGUAUUUUCUGCACAGUCUGGUUGCAAAUAGGACUUACUUCCAGUAGGAUACCUUGUCUUUUAAUUCAUAAGUUUCUGUAAAUAUAAACAAAAUUUUAAAUUGAAAUUAAAAAUUUAAUAAAUAGUUGAGGCAGAAAGUUUCACUAAAGAAUUUAUGAAAAUGCAUUUCUUGCCUGAACGCAGCUAUUGCUUAUAUACGAAUGGUUUACAUAGGAGAUAGAAUACAUCACAGACACACACAAACCCUUCCCUUGACCCAAACAAAGGAUGCUUUCUCAGAAAAAGCUCAUUUACAGCAAAUUCAUUUAGAGCAAUCCUAGUUUUCUGUAGUAACUAAGGUGUACAUUCCAGACCCCUUCUCCAAACCCAGUACAGUAUCCUUACUAAGACAUCAGCAAAAAAGUGAUGUAUUGUAUUGUAGUUUAUUUUAGGAAUAUGAAACUAUUCUAUAAUGUAUCCUGUACUGUACACGAAUAUACAAGUAGUGUACUGUACUCACCAGUUAUAGGCUAAAGUUCUGCACACACUAAGACAUAACAGUGUAGUGGAGCUCUACAUGUUGAUGUGAGGAGAAAGUGUAGGGUUGGCUUGGUUGUCAUCAGGUAGUGGCAUGUCUUAUUUAUUGAAGAUAAGGGCUGCUUCACUGAGUUGCAUGGUGGCAUUCUUCAGCACCUGUGGGCUAUCAAAGGCAACAGUCGGGGUGUUGCUUGAUGUGGUGAAAUUACGGCCAGUUGGAGUUGGGGGAAAGAAGACCUUGAAAAAGUGAGUUAAAGUGCUAUACACUGUUUCACUUUAUAGAUAUCAUUUUACUGUAGUUAUUCAUAGUCUUCACAAGUCCUCUAAAGUCAUGAAAAUACUCCAUUAACAGGAACUUCCAAACACCAUGUACUGUAUACUGUAUAUCAAAUUUUUAUUGGUAAAGGGUAAAUCCUUUGCCUUAUUUACACCAAACUUAUUUAAACUGUGGGAGGUGUGUGUGUGUAUGUAUGUACGUAUGUAUAAGUACUUUACUUCACAUUUGUAUGACUAGCUAAUUAUUUUGUUUAUUAUAGAACACAUUGAAUGCUUCCCUAGUCAUCACUUCCAUUUAGUUAUUGGAAGUCCAAACAUGUAUUCUCUCUUAAGAGUGUUCCACUGAUCCAUACAAAAAACUUUCUCAUGGACAGUGCUAAGGAUCCCUCAUUUGUUCUUUACCAUGACUUUUCCAGUGUUUCAUCCAAGAAAUUUUCCCCCAUAAGCAAAUGGAAAAAAAUUUCCAUUGUUCUUAAAAAACAAUCAUUAGUCUAUCGUAAGAAAUUCCUUAUUGGUCCAUCUUAAGAAUUACCCAUUGGUCUUCCCCAGUAGGUGCCAUUAUUAAACUCCAGUAACCUUUCAUUGGUUUUCCUGAUAAGCAAUUUACCAGCUAACAGAAGUGCUUAAUCUUUUCCUUUUUUAUCACAUUAAAAGUAUCCAUCUACCCUGUAUUUGUAUAUCAACUUUUUAUUUCUCUAUUAAUCAUACCUCAUUAUUUAUCAUUAAUUUGGUUUCCUAUAUUCAUCACCCUGAACCUUCCAGUAAUCUUCCUGCUGCAAAUCAAUGGCUCAGAAGCCGUUUUCCACCAUAAGUGCUCACAGUACACAAAGGAAUCCUCUCUUCUUUUGUUUUCCCAGUGAUCAGUCAAACUCUCAUAAGUCUGCCUGAAACAUUUUUCAUCAGAAAUCUCAUGAGUUGUGUUCACUUAAGGAUGGUAAUGAAAAAGAAUCACCUGAAAAUUAACCUCCCAAGCUUAUUUCACCUUAAGAUUAACCACCCUAAGGCUAACUUAACCUGACCUAAUGCUAACCUAACCUGACAUAGCCUUACAUAACUUAACUUAAAAAAACCUAAUCUAUGACUUAACCUAACCCCCCCCCUCCCCCCUUAGGUAGUGCUAAGGUGUUUAAUCAUCAGGGAAAAUUAGCUUGGGUGGGGGUCUAAUCAGUAGAACGUUGUUUUGUAGUAUGACUGUAUCUCCAAGUAAUCACCUGCUCUUUAUUUUUUCACCCCUAACCCCAUCACUACAGGGACGCCGCUUUUCAUGUUUUACUUGGCUAACGACAGUUGAUUUCAUUCAACACAGAAAGACCCCCGUACACAAGGGGUUAAAGUGGGUUUCCAUUGAAAAAUCUUUUAUCUUUGCUUACCAUGCACACCUACAUAUUUUUUGCCCUUGCUUAUAAUGUACUUCUAGUGUAAACUUACAAUGUUAUUUAUAAUUCUUUUAGUUUGUUGUGUUAAAAGUUUGUCUUAUCUACUUGAGUCAGAUUUCUAAGUCAUUAUCUUCGUAUGGCGUCAUUCAUGUGUAAAUUUAUUCAUUCACAUAUACAGGGUGUUCCCAAAAAAGUUAUGCACUCUGCCUUACAGAUUUUUGUGGAGAUCAUGGGAAUGCCUGUAGCUGUACAAUAUACUGUACAGUAUUAAAACAGCAACAUUGUCCUCACCUGUUAAUGUGCAAGAUAUCCCACAAUUGAGGACAAUGUUGCUUUUAUAAUAUAAUCUUUCACGUGAUCUCCAUAAAAAUCUGUAAGGCAGCAUGUAAUUAUUUUUAUUUUUUUUAGACACCCUAUGUUCUCAUCAUUUACUGUUUUCAGAUAUGUGUAUGAUUUCUGUGUACAGUCAACCCUCACUUUACGCGGUUAAUACAACCCACAGGGUACCGCGGAAAGUGAGAAACGCGUAAAGUGAACAACAUAACAUAUGGGAUUAAUUGAAAUAGACCGGGCCG